UCUCCUCGCUGCUGUUGGCUUCUCAAUUCUCCCUCUCCGUCUUUCUCUCUCUUCCCAUCAGUUUCCGGGCUCUGUCCAUCUCUCAGCUAUUGUUGUGUAGAAUUAUUAAAAUCUCUUCCUAUCUGAUCGAGCACAGGCUUCUCAAUCUCGUCUUUUCAUCCUGAUUCUUCCAGAAUUUGUGAUACCCUUCGCAUUCUGUUUUCUUGGGUCAAUGCGCUCCUGUUCUCUGCAAGUUAGGGCUUCAAUCCGUGGCCUGGGCUGAUUGAUUUGCGUUAUGUGCGAUGUAGAAUGUAGGAGAAGACGGUGUGAUAUUCUGAAUAAAGAUUUCAUCCUCAUUGCCGGAGGAUGUUUAAAUUUUUAUAAACUCGGUCCAUUUUGAUUUUCUCUUAUUCUGGAUUUACGCCAUAAUUCAAUUCAAUUUACAGCUCCUUGGAUGACUAGAUUGGGAAAUCUGAUAGAAUUUUGAUGGACUUUCUAAGAAAGCAAGGAAUUUUGACUGCAUAAUCCAUUAAUUCGGCGUAUCAGUGGACAAUGAGAGUGAGAGUUGCUCUACAUGAGGUUGUGUACAAUUAGGUGUUGAUUUCGGGACGAAUUUGAGCAGAAAAUCCCCUUACAUUUGUUGGCUGUGGGGACGGUGCAUUGAAGAUCAUUUCAUCAUGGAUCAUUUGGUUGGUGGGAAGUUUAAACUGGGAAGGAAAAUUGGAAGUGGCUCUUUUGGGGAGCUUUAUUUAGGAGUAAAUGUGCAAAAUGGAGAGGAGGUGGCCGUUAAGCUGGAACCUGUGAAGACCAGGCAUCCUCAACUUUUCUAUGAGUCAAAAUUAUAUAUGGUUCUUCAAGGAGGAACGGGGAUUCCCCACCUCAAAUGGUUUGGAGUCGAGGGAGACUAUAAUGUCAUGGUUAUUGACCUUCUUGGACCAAGUCUGGAAGAUUUGUUCAACUAUUGCAAUCGGAAAUUCACAUUGAAGACUGUGUUAAUGCUUGCUGAUCAAUUAAUUAACAGAGUUGAAUAUAUGCACUCAAGAGGUUUUCUUCACCGUGAUUUAAAGCCAGACAAUUUUCUUAUGGGCCUAGGACGUAAAGCAAACCAGGUGUACAUAAUUGACUAUGGCCUUGCAAAAAAGUAUAGGGAUCUUCAGACUCAUAAGCACAUACCAUACAGGGAAAACAAGAACCUCACUGGCACAGCUCGCUAUGCAAGUGUGAACACUCAUCUCGGAAUUGAACAAAGCAGAAGGGAUGAUCUGGAAUCUCUUGGUUAUGUUCUCAUGUACUUCUUAAGAGGAAGUCUUCCUUGGCAGGGACUCAAGGCUGGCACAAAAAAACAAAAAUAUGAUAAGAUCAGUGAGAAGAAGGCAUCAACCCCCAUAGAGGUUCUCUGUAAAUCAUACCCAUCUGAGUUUGUAUCUUACUUCCACUACUGCCGGUCAUUGCGUUUUGAGGACAAGCCAGAUUAUUCAUAUUUAAAGAGACUUUUUCGAGACUUAUUUAUUCGAGAAGGCUAUCAGUUUGACUAUGUUUUUGAUUGGACUAUAUUAAAGUAUCCACAGAUUGGUUCUAGCUCUAGAGGACGGCAUGCCAGUGGCAAAGCAGCUAUGAAUGCAGGAACAUCCGUGCAAAAGCCAGAAAAGAUGUCAGUUGGGAAAGAUCCUAGAGAGAAAUUUUCUGGCACUGUUGAAACGUUCUCCAGGAGAAACCCCACAAGUUCUAGUCCUCGAGAUGAUAAACAAAGGAUUUUUGAGGAUGUACAGCAACACAAGGAUAUGCACCGUGAACAAGAGAAGGUACACAGUUCUGCUCGAUAUGGAAGCAGUUCAAGAAAAGCCCUCAUCUCAUCUAACAAGCCAAGUUCGUCAGCUGACCACAGUGAUACUCGUACUGGUCGGCUGACUACAAGCAGUAGCCGCCCUUCGACCACACGUGCUCUGUAUGAAAGCAAACAACCAAGCUUUACACGCAACACUUCUUCUAGAGGCAAUCGUGAUGAUCCUCUUAGGAGCUUUGAGCUUCUCUCUAUCAGGAAGUAAAAGUGCUUCCUUUCUGCCAUAUAAAUUUUCUGAAUUCUGGUGCACUUGAAAUGCUAUAUCACUUUUUGAGAGAUCUCAAGAAUUGUGGAAUCUAUCAUGUACAUGGGUUGCUACUGAAGAAGUACGUGGUCACAUUUACAUUACUGCCUGAUGAAAUCAUUUCACGACCAGAAUGGUUUUCCGCCCCCAGGACUGUCUUCGCAAGAUUUCUCAGCCACGGCAAAACGUUUGGAACAUGUCAGAGUGAGAAUUCGGGCAGGAUUCUUUCUUCUGACUUUUCUACAAGAAGGAACUUUUCUUUUUUCUUUUUCUUUUUCUGGGUCAUGUAGAAGAUGAAACUUGAACUAUAGCCAGUACUGGUUAUUAUAUACGGCUCGCUCACCAGUAGGAGCUGCUCUGCAUGCGAUUAUGUGACUCUGCUUGAAUGGAUUUUCCUGACCAUCAAGUUUUGGUCGAACUAAAUUUAAUGCCAUCGAUUUGAAUCC